CAAAACAGGUACCAUUCAAACAAAUGAACAAAACCUCAUUCCAAUACAACAACCAAACAAACAUGUGCAAAACACAACAAACACUCCAACAAAAACAUCAACAAAUGCAGCUCCAUAUAAACAACAUCAAAACCCAAUGGAACAACAACAAAACAAACAUCUACCAACCACAACAAACACUCCAACAACCUUACAACAUAAUAUACUUGUUGUUUUACCAUUAGAAAAACUUCCUAAAUUUUGUUCAUUUUAUAAACUAAAACAAGUUUUUAGUUGUUGUUAUGCCCUGUAUCGAGGGAAUUUUCGUUAUCCGCGUAAACUUGUUCGUGAGAAGAAUGGAAGUCUGAGUCCCUCCAAUAAUUUACCCGAUGAAUGCCUUAAUUGUGGACGUACAUGCCAACACGGUAUUGAUUAUAUGACCACCGGUAAGCCGUUGCCAGCUGAGAAACAAAGGGGCACCCAACCACCCCCAACUCAUCCACCUCAUGCAAUGCCAAAAAUGAAGCAGGGAACUGAAAUAAGGGCGAAAAGAAAUGUUUUGAAGGGCCGUGAAGGGGAAGAUGAAAAGACUGUCACUACGCAUUCACCUCAUAAAAUGCUGAAAUUGAAGCAAAAUGUUAAUGAAGCAACGACUGAAGCACCGAUUUACGUUCCUCUUAAUCCUGAUAUUGUUAAUUAAAACGAAGAGGAGGAAGUUAAGAAUUGAAAUCUGCGAUUUUAAGG